AACCCAACCAGGUAGAUAGCCCGAAUUCCGAUGAGGCGAUUGCGUCCUCUUCGUGCCGCUUCGGCAAUCGGCACCCUGCUCCUACUCGAUCUGUAUAGGCCUAUAGCACUCCCUCCUCCCGCCGCCGGCCCUAGCUGCAUUCCCCUGCCCUUCCCCUUCAAAUUUCAAUCCAAGUCACUACUCGGGGCUCCGCGGCGCGUGCAGAUGGAGCCAGGCGUCGCACGGCGGGGAAGCUAGGCUCCCGAACGAACGGCGCCGGCGAGGCUGCUGCGAUCUUCGGCGGUUCGGUUCGGUUCGAUUUGAUCCCAUUCUUCGCUCCGGCCAAAAGCUCUCGCAGGUAGAAUCGCUGCGAUGUUAACGAUCCUUGGUGAUUUGGUUGCUGGUUUGUCAAAAUCUAGUAGCGUGCAGUUAGCGAUAGUAUGAACCUAACUAGCCAGCCAUGGCACACCAAGUGUUGGACGAUUUGCGUGAGGGUAAUUAGCCUGCCCAUUCGAGUCGCUUAAUUCCGCUUACUGUCCAUUUCUGUCAGUACUCAGCAGUGGUAGCGAGAAUUAUUACUCCUAUUAUUUUUGGUUCUUACUUAAUGUUUCUUCUUGAAUUAUUGCGUUGCACUAGUAGUUGUAACUAUGGGUGGCUUAGUGCUGAAAAGGGUUUUGUGCCCAAUAUUGCUUUCAGCUCCCACGUUCGUUUUGUGCCGAAUUAAUGUGGCAGGGGUACCACCACUCACUAUAUAUGGUUGCACAUUUAGAGAAGGAAUUACUAUAAAACAAUUUGUAUGUGUACAACUGUACAUAUAGUGGGGUAUGAAGAAGCUACGAGCCAAAAUUUAGCCAGAAGUGCGACCAUUUGUGUAAAAUUUUUGGGAAAAAGAGAGCUCAACAUCAUCGGUUUUAGCAUCAUACAUAAUGCAAAUAUGAGUAUUUUGUUAAACAUUUGGGGAAAAGAUAAAAAACAAAUUAUAUGUGUACAUCGUGGUAUGAAGAAGAUACAUGCCAAAUUUUAGCCAAAAGUGCAACCAUUUGUUUGAUUAAAAAAUAAAACAUUGGUCUAGAACAUCAUAGCAUCAUACAGCAUGCAAAUAUGUGUAUUUCUGCUGAUAAUUUGCAGGUUCAUGAUUCCUGCCGCAAGUUUAAAUAUUGAACAUUUCGAGAGAAAACAUAAAACGAUUUAUAUGCGUAUAUUGUGGUAUAAAUUAAGAAGUUACAUGCCAUCAGUUAGCCAAAAGUUUGACCCUUUUGUUAACUAGUUUUUUUAGGUCUAAACAUUAUCCUUCAGAAAUCAUGGAAAAAAUGUAGGUUAAUGAUGCCCCUGACAAUUUGUUUCUGAAAUUUGGUGUGUGCAACAUACAAUUUCAAAGGGUGGUCUAUAGGGCACCAGUGCCAUAUAAUUUUUCAUGCAAAUCUGCUUUUGCAAAGAGAAUCACAUUUAUUUGAUCAAGAGUAUUCUUCAUGCCUCGCGUUAGAUCUGCAUGAGAUUUUGAAGCAUGGAUGAUGAUUUUGUAAGAGCUGAAGCUCUGCAGCUUGAAGAGGUCAUCCGACUCUCUGCAACACCUGGAACACCAUGUGCGGUUUGCAGACUGAUGAUUGUAUCGAUGGAAGCAUCAUGGAAGGCUGAAAACUGUGAUCAUGUCAUCUGUAUCGGUUGCUUCGCCAAAUACACAACUGAGAUGGUGGCCACAGAGAUGCCCAUUUGCCCGGUUGCUUCUUGCAAAAAUCUGUCCAGGUUAAAGAUACAUGAAGUUAUUGAUGUAGAUGAUGAUGGCAGCUUGACCGCCAUCAAAGAGAUACACACCAACAGAGGGAAGAAAUCAGAGUAUGGCGAGAUUGGGCAGUGUUCCCGCGGCACUAUGAUCUGUUCGGUUUGCAAGCUGAUGAUAGGAUCACCGGAAGCAUCAUGGAAACCUGAAAACUGUAAUCAUGUCAUCUGUAUUGGUUGCUUCGCCAAAUACACAACUGAGAUGGUGGCCACCGAGAUGUCAAUUUGCCCGGUUGUUUCUUGCAAAAAUCGGUUCAAGUCAGAGAUACAAGAAGUUAUCGAUGUAGACGAUGAUGAUGAUGUUCAUGAUAGCAGCUUUAUCGCAAUCAAAGAGAUAGAUAAUGGCAAAGGGAAAAAACAAUGCUACGACGUGCUUGAAGAGGUUGCCCAAAGUUCCCGUGGUGCGAUGAUCAUUGACAACUUCUACUGCACCAUCUGCAUGGAGGCAUUGCCGAUCAUAGAAUGUUUCCCCAUUGGCGGGUGCACGCACGCCUUCUGCAUGAGUUGCGUGAGGCAGUACAUCACUGCAAAGGUCGAAGAGAACGUGCUCUCCAUCGGCUGCCCUGACCCGGGCUGCAAGGACGGCGCGUUGCACCCAGAGGCGUGCCGUAACUUUAUUGCGCCUCAGCUGUUUCAGAGGUGGGGCGCAGCGCUCUGCGACAUGGCAAUCGGAGCGCUCAAGUUCUACUGCCCCUUCAAGGACUGCUCGGUGAUGCUGGUUGAUGACCAUGUCGACGGGGACGAGGCCAUAACGAACGUGGAGUGCCCUCACUGCAGUCGGAUGUUCUGCGCGCAGUGCAAGGUGCCGUGCCAUGACGGCAUCGACUGCGCCCAGUUCCAGCGGCUUGGCAAGGACGAGCGCGGGCGGGAGGAUCUGCAGCUGAGGAAAGUCGCGCACGAGAGCAAGUGGCAGCGGUGCCCCAAGUGCAAGAUCUACGUCGAGAGGGUAGAAGGUUGUGUGUACAUCGUCUGCAGGUGCGUGCACUGCUUCUGUUACCUGUGCGGCUCCACAAUGGUGAAAGGCAACCACCAUUGCAGUAAGUGCAAGCGUACAUGGUGAUUGGUGAAUGAUCUGAAGAUACAAAACCGCUGUUUGCUGGAAGGAUGAAAUCAUGUCUAUAAAAGCUGGAGACUACUAUUAGUCUGAUUUAGUUAGCAUUAAUUAACUAGCUCGUGCAGCUCUGAUGCCGAAUUGGCAAUCGACCUCAGAAGAGUAGCACCUAUUUGAGCUCCAUUAGUAAAAGGUCACAAGCGUGUUCUCUUGGAAAUUGACGUCACAGGAGUAGGAUUAAUUCUCAUUCUCAGGCUUGUGGACGUGUGUUUUGGGGGUACAGAUGAAUGAGCUGAUGAAAACUUUGUUCUUUAAGGAACUAUUAGAGCAUGAGCAAUGUGGCCUUCGCUAGAAAAUUUUCAAGCAAGGGAUGCUAAGAAAGAAAAGAUGUUCCGACGUAGUAGACUCACUUGUGGAGCCCACCGAUCAAAUGAAAAAAUAGAAUCACAUGACUUUUAUCCAAA